AUGUUGACUCUGGAUGUAAAAAAUUUGUUAACUCAUAAGGAGUUGUUUUACAAAAGAUUUAUUAAGAAAAGAUUAAUCCGAACGAAUACAAUUAAGAAUAGAUGGUUUAAAUUAGAAGCCGAAUUAAUAGAUAAUAUUUUAAUUAAUAGGAAGAUUAAAAAUGAUAUCUUCGAAAAAAUUAAAACAACGUACUCAUCAAAUUUAAAAGUGUUAUAUGGGAAAGUAGUUGGUAUGGAAGGCUCUUUAGUUAAUAUAGCACAUUAUAUUGUAUUAAGCGAACCAGAAGACUUCAAUAUUGUUUUUAACAAAUGUAUUUUAAGGAUAAUCCAGAUUCCAGAUAGAUACUUGGCAGACGAUAUCAGAACUGCAAUAGAAGAUGAUGACAUAGGUGUGGAAGACCAAAAUAUUAAUAAAAAAUUUGUCAUGGGAGAAAAGUGUGAUAACAACUUAAGUUUAGAAAAGUUGUUAAUGAUCAAUAAUAAAGUUAAGGAAAAUAGUAGUAACGGAAAGAAAAUACAUAUUUACAUGAUGGAUCGGUGA